AUGCACGCUAGACCAUUUUGGAUUGUAGAGUUUGGCAGAGAUUUCUUAGCUUAUUGCAAAGCUCGAAUAGUGUUGUGGGUGUUACGUAGAAGAUAUGUACGAAGAAGAGUGGGAAGAAGAGGUAAGAGCCGUUAAAUAUGUCUAGCAAACUCGCAUAAACAUCAAACUUGAAAGAAAACAAUCAUCGAUGGUCGAGUUGCAUGUCAUAAUCUUCAGCAUCUUCUAUUAUAUUUUUGGUCAGAAGCAUAUAACCCCUGUUUUGCUAAGAUUUCCGUAUAUAAACCCAUGCAUUUAUAAUGCAUACGUGUUUUGACUCUACUUAUUUUAAACUAUUUGUGCGAAAAAGUAUGAAAUUGUUGCAUGCAUAAUAAAUGUUGGAGUUAUACGGAAAUCUUACCAGUCGUACAAUGCAAGUGAGCUUUACUCUAAAAACAAAGGGGGAAUUUCAUCCCAUGAUGCAUGAUUUCAUACAACAUCAUCAAGCCUAUGAACUGAUCCUGUCAGUUCAACAGGGAUGUGACAGUUGAACAACAGGGAAAAGUGAUGUGUUCCCCCAAUAAAACCUUUUGUACCUUUGCUGUGUCGAUCUAGCGGCGAUUUUCAUUUUAUUAUUCCAAAUAUAUCUCUUGUUAAGUCAUAGGGAAUGUUUAGGUACACUGCGAGCAGAGGUUUCUCUCGUGCAUGGCUUUUAGCAUUCACAAAGUAGUUCGCAUCACUUGUUAUCGCAUAGUUUUGUUUUGUUUUUUUGCCCGGGGAGAAAGUCCUGUGGCAAGCUGCUUGUGGUUUCCGUUGAGCAUGCGCCAGAUCGUUAAUUAAUUAUUAUAGAGAUAAUGACACAAAUUUCAUCCCAUGAGAGAAAUCACAACGCUGUAGCGUUGGGGGAGAAAGUCUCCUGCAGACUCUGUUUUGCACAACAAAUCGGUUUGUUUGACUGUUUAAAAUCAGUUAUAAAACCUGUUAAUCAUGUGUCUAUCUCCAAGAUUUUGGAGGUGUCUAAACGGAAACUACAUGUACAUGGGGCUUUCUGCAGAAGUUUUUUCCGUGGCAUAAACAAACCAACUACGCAAAUGAUAAGUGAUAUGAUGUGAGCAAAAUUGUGUUGCUAAAGGCCAGAGAGAAACUUCUGCUUGCAGGGUAGCAUUUUGGCCCCCUAUGUCAACCCUCCAAGUUAAAGUUUUUGCUUGGUCACCAUUUAGCGACCAAUUCUUUUCGUUUAGGGAGGCUUUUUUACAAAUCAAGUCACCUCAAAAUUCUAGGCCCCAUGGCGACUAAAAUGGUCGCAACUUGGAGGGAUGUAUGUUCAAUUCUGUGAAGCUGGCAAGGAAGCUCUUUGCUCCUGUACAUCUUGUUUUGCAAUGUGUUGAAAAGACUUUCCAAGGGUUAACAUGCAAUUUCCCCUUUUUGUAAAACAGGAGCAUCUCAUUGUCAUUGAACUGAAAGGAGUCAUAGACAGUGACUUCUUAUACAAGUGCAAGUCUGAAAGUUGCCGACUUUUGGUGAGUUUUGCUAAUAAGUAGUUUUCUUACCUUUUUGAUAGUAUGUUGAGAAAACAAUUAAAAUUGAAAUAAAUGUGGCUUAUUAUGGUCCUUAAACUCAUUGAUAAGUGAUGUGCAUGGGGAAAAGUUGGUGGGACUCAGUGUGCAGAAGGCCUUAUUUCAAUGACGGUAAUGCAUCAGUCAAUUAUUUUAGCUGCACCAAUGCCCCUGCCCCUUCCCCUUCCCCUUCCCCGGACAUUAGUUUUUUUGUCCUGGAUGGCAAAUUCCUGGGGGAAGGGAAAGUUGAAUUACCACAUACCCCAUCACAUGCCCAAAUGUUAUGCAAUUGGUACUCAAACCCUCAGUUGGCCACUCUACCUAAAUGUCUACAGUAGGGUGCAACUGCUGGCCCACAAGCCUCAUCUCGAGGUUGGUGUUGCCUAAAACAGCUUCCAAUAUCAGUGGCUUUAUUGCUCAGUUGGUCAGAGCAUUGCACCAGUAUCACAAAGUCACGGGUUCAAAUCCCGUUGAAGUCCUCAGGGUGUAAAGAAAGUCAGUCUUACAGCCUGUCAUUCAAGCAAGCUCUAGAUAGCAUGUACUAGCCCACAAGUCAUUUCAACUAGCCCCCAAACCCUUUUUGAUUAGCAGGAUUGAUAACAAUCCUUCUGUAAUUUGAAUUUCCCCAAGUUAAGAAAAGUUAAGAACAAAAAACACUAGCCCUAUAGCAAAAUCCACCAGCCGCGGGCUAUCGGACAUGACUUUCUUUGCACGCUGGUCCUAGUCUGCCACACAGCCGUUUUUAGUGUCGUCACGCAAAGCUCCUCCCAACAAACGGCUGCUGAAAACCGAACUUUAUUCCUUUCCCUUUGUGUUUGUGGUCUAACGAACAAGCCAAUCAUGUACAAGAAAUUUGACAAUACGUGAGCAGCAGGGUGCUAGGAAGCGAGCACGCUUCUCAGUUUUCGACAAAUCAAUCAAUAGUCGCUGAACUUAGUCGGGCUCUGUGUUUUCAAGCAAUGAAAAGGUUAAUUUGCAAAAAAGCUUGUUUUAAGCAGUCAAGAAAGUUCCAAGUGAAAAAAAGGUUUGAUAGCCUACGAGACUUUUACCAGGAUCGGUUGGUUCUUCAUUUAACACGCAUAUCUACUGAUACGUAAUGAAGAAUUUUAAUGUGCCAGAUGUGCUUAUUGUGUUCCUGUGAAGACUGAACUGUCAAGGGUACUGAUUCAAAAAGCAAAAAUUAAAUUAAUUAUCGAUGAGCGAUAUCCCGAAACUAUACCUGGCAACUUUAUGAGCACAUCCAUGUUGUGCAUCGCAAUUUGCUCGACUUGCUUGCUGCUACUGCUUAUCUCCUAAAUUUUGAAUAGGACUCGACUACGACAACACUGCUGUAGUUAAUUGCCAUUCACACAUGGGGCACCGAUAAAAGCAAAGCUCUGAUUGGAGGAGUCACAGUACCGCAAACGUGGUGCGAACACCUUCCAGAAAAUGGGAGCUGAAUUAUAAUUGGCUAAUCACGGGAAAGGAAUGUAGUUCGGUUUUCAGCAGCCGUUAGUGGGGAGGAGCGUUGGGUGACGACUCUAAAAACGGCUGUGUAGCAGACUACGCUGGUCCAGGCCUAAAUAUUUUUUUCAAGCUGCUAAUGCAAUUAUUGUAUAAAUAUUUGCAAUCACAACUGCGAGGAACACUCUUCAUUUGAGUUGUUUGUUUGUUCAGUUUUUUUUUUCAAACUCGCCUUUUCAAGGUGUGAAGUGCUGGUGCAGGGUCAGAGUCUUACAUGUGCAAAGUGCAUGAGCCUCACAUGCUUGCAGGGAAAAAACCUCCAGACUUUUCAUUUGACUGUUUGUGCAUAUUUGACUAGGCGUUAUUGAAUAUGGAUUGUUUCGCAGUCUAAUUGGGUAUGUAAAUUUAUAAGGGAUUUGUUCCAUUACAGGGUAUUGACACAGAUGAACCUGUGCUGCAGAUUGGAAAUUAUACAUUUACUGGGGAGCUCAAAGGUGAAGAUGUUAUAUUUUUUUGUCCUCAAGUUAAGCUUGCAACUUAAAAUGGCAUUUGCUGUAGCCGAAUGUGUUGAUGUAAUAAUAUAGAUAUAUCAAGGAUGACACACAGUUUCAUUGCCAGAUGAAAUACUGAGAAGGGAGUUAAAGUGUUUCAUCUGGUGAUGAAACACUGUGACGAAUCCUUGAUAUUACUUCUCAAACAAAAUGAUUUUAGAACAAGAAAUUAAGGAUGCAACAAUGAGCAGUUUUUCAUCUGAUUUUCAACCCUCAUUAAGUGUUAAUUUCCUUUUAAUUGUAUUUUCUUUAUGAAUUAUUAAUGAGUUUGAAAAGUUAGUUUAAAAAUACUCAUUGUGUUUUUAAAAAUAUUACAUGUAAAAUAAAAUAAUUUUUAAAAAUAUUUUGGAUUUUAUUAAUCAGGUUAUCAGUAUAAAUUAUUUGCUAUCCUAUUUUGCAUAAUCUGUUUUCAGAGCCUAUUGGUACACAUGUUCUGUUUGAGGAACUAGGUAAUCUAGAUACAUUUGUUGUUUGUACUAUUAGUUAUUAGUUAACCAGUUUUGCAAACAGGUGGAGUGAGUGUUUUGUACUGGACUCAAGUUGGGUCUGAGGGCAUGCCUCGACAACUGAUAAAAUCUGAGAACAGGUUUUUCCCUGUGCUGAGCAUUUGCCCUAAUAUUAUCAUCUCGGAGAGGGAAAGCACAGUGUUAUUCAUUUCAUCCUUGCUUUAUUAAAUCCUGCUAAUUGACUCGAAGAUUCUUCAGGCAAAUUGUCAUUUUUUUUUCCUAUAAGUUAUCAAUUGCCAUCAAGUCACUUAUCUGAUAGACUUACCUGAUGGUCACUUAUCUGCCUUAUCCGAUUCUUAUUUUAUUUGUAUAAAGCCAUUAGAGGUAAAAAGAAAAAAGGGUGAUGUUAUGUAAAUUAUAAAACACUUUACCAAUGAAAUUAGGGCUAUCCCAAAUCAAAACUGUUGCUAAAAUAUGGUGACUGUCUUUUAACCACACUGCACACAAGCACCAUUUUAUUUUUCUUUUAAUGUGUUGUUUUUAAUUGUUUGCUUGUUUGCUUGUUUGAUUUCAGAAUCAAGUGACUCACAGGAAACAAAGAAAUUGAAGUACAGAUACAAUACCACAAAAACACUGGAAAUGGCCAGAGUGUUUCUGGUGAAAAAAGACAGUGCUGAAAAGGAGGAAGAAGAGGUU